AUGGCUCCGGCGCAUCACUGCCCCAUUUGCCGCCAGACCUUCUUCUGUGGUCGGGGACACGUCUACAGUCUCAAGCACAAGCGACAGCUUCAGGUUGCUUUGGAGCGGCUCCUACCCCAGGUGGAGGCCGCCCGCAAGGCCGUCCGCGCCGCGCAGGUGGAGCGCUACGCGCCCGAGCACGAUCAGCGCUGCUGGUGUCUCUGCUGCGCCUGUGAAGUGCGGAAACACCUGAGCCACGGAAACCUGACCGUGCUGCACGGAGGGCUGCUGGAGCACCUCGCUAGCCUAGAGCACAAGAAAGCAACCAACAAAUUUUGGUGGGAGAACAAAGCUGAAGUCCAGAUGAAAGACAAGUUUCUGAUCUCCUCCCAGGAUUAUGCAAGAUUCAAGAAAUCUAUGGUACGAGGCUUGGAUUCCUAUGAGGAAAAAGAGGAUCAAGUGAUCAAAGAGAUGGCAGCUCAGAUUCGAGAGGUGGAGUACAACCGGCAGGAGAUGGUUCGGUCUGUCUUAGAGCCUCAGGCAGUGCCAGACCCAGAAGAGGGCUCUUCAACACAAGGAAGCUGGGAAGAGAGAAACAGACAAUUACCUUCCAGUUCACAGCAGCCCUUAGACCUCAGAGGCCCAGAGCUUGACUGGACGGAGACAAAACCAACUCUGACAUUCAUUGGCCAUCAGGAGAUACCAAGAAUUGGCAACAUCCACUCAGGUGCUAUACCUCCCUGGAUGAUUAAUGAUGAGGAACAUAGCUCCAGCUCCGGGAGCCAACAAAUUGGACCAUCCUAUGAAGAAUUUCUUAAAGAAAAAGAAAAAGAGAAAUUGAAGAAACUGCCCCCAGGCAGAGUUGGGGCCAACUUUGAUCACAACUCCAGCACCAGUGCAUGCUGGCUGCCUUCUUUUGGUCGAGUCUGGAACAAUGGACGCCGCUGGCAAUCCAGGCAUCAAUUCAAAACAGAAAGGAACAAACAGAAGUCACAUAAAGGAAAAACCCCCGUGGUUACCUAA